AGCGGCGUGGGGUUACAGGAAGGCAGGCGGCGGCAGAAGGGAGAGAGAGGCGCGUCCGUCCGCGUAGCAGCGUCGUCGUCGUCAUCGUCCUCGGGACUCGCGUUAUCCUUGUGAACCGCUUGCGAGUCGUGUGGCUAAAAUCGAUCGGUACGCGCAGUGCCGAUAUCGGCCGCUGUGUGAGUUACAUCGCAGCAAAACGAGACGCGGUAACGAGAGCCCGGUAUUGCGUACAUUCGUGGCGUGCGGCGCGAACAUUCCUCGUACGGCUUAUGCGAAAUUAAUCGGGUCGCGACCGCGACACGCUCGUAUCUCUCAGUUGGUUGGCUUGCUGGCUGGGAAAGCGUUCGCAGCGAGAACGGACAGCGGCUCUCGACACGCGGCUCUCCUCAUGAGCUCAUGACAGUGCGACGGCGAAGCCGAGCCGAGUAGGGAGCGGGUGCGGACCCAGAUAGCUCGAGUAAUCGUCGGAAAAUCUCGGUUGCGGAGAGGAACGAGAAAGAAGCGUGCGAGAGGACGGUCGGUGUGCGUGAGACGGAGACAACGAAGGCGCGAAAGGGAGAGAGGAAGACAUACAAGCUUGCGCGUGUAUACGUGUGUGCGCGCCUGAGAGCCGCCGAGCCGACUUUGCGCGAACGAUAGAGACGGAGAGAGAGUGAGAGAACAGCGGAGAGGAGGCAGAAGAAUUAUCGAGUGAACCCGGGAGAUACUGUGUUCUGCGAACGAAGCGUGGGGCAUUAAGGAGGUACGAGAGAUCCGUCUCACUGAGAGCAAAUCGAAGCAAAACGUGGCGGAUUCGGUGACCCUUCGACUGUGACCAGGAGCACAGGCAGUAGAUAGGGCAAGGAAAUGCGUGAAUAUAAAAUAGUUGUGCUGGGCAGUGGAGGUGUAGGCAAGUCCGCCCUCACUGUCCAGUUUGUGCAAGAAAUCUUUGUAGAGAAGUACGACCCGACGAUCGAGGACAGUUACCGCAAGCAAGUCGAGGUCGACGGUCAACAAUGUAUGUUAGAAAUUUUAGACACAGCUGGCACAGAACAAUUCACAGCCAUGAGGGACCUUUAUAUGAAAAAUGGGCAGGGUUUUGUGUUAGUAUAUUCGAUAACAGCACAAUCAACCUUCAACGAUCUGCAAGAUCUCAGAGAACAAAUCCUGCGAGUAAAAGACACAGAUGAUGUGCCGAUGGUACUAGUAGGUAACAAGUGCGACCUGGAGGAUGAGAGGGUAGUGGGAAAGGAUCAGGGUGUCAACCUUGCCCGGCAAUUUAAUUGCGUGUUUAUGGAGACCUCUGCCAAAGCUAAAAUUAAUGUUCGCGAUAUUUUUUACGACCUGGUGCGGCAAAUAAACAAGAAGUCGCCAGAGAAGAAGAUGAAGCAAAAAAAGAAAUCGCUGUGCCUACUUUUGUAAGGUAGAUAUGGCGGAGCCCAUACUCUCCUACAUGAAAAUCCGAAGAUACCAGUGGAUAAAAAAAAAUACACACAAGAUCAGAGCGGUUAAAUAAAACAAAAAAGAUACUAAUGACAAAAAAGGAGAAGGGGGCUGACGGAAUACUAGGCGACGGGGUAGAGAACGGGAGUUAGAAAUAUACGGAAAUCCGGAUGGUUGUAAAAUGACGGUAGAAAGAUGGGAUAAAUGAGGGUACAAGGGCACAAGGUAAUGCAGCAGAGUAAAGAACGAAGGAACACAUGGAAAGAAACACAGCGAUAAGCGAAGGAAAUAUUGUAUAUACGUUGGUUUCGGGGUGGCUCGUGUACACGCGCAACGGCGCACAAAGUAGGAUACGAGAUCCCCGCGGCAUCGGUUAUCACUGUAGGAGUUUUGCAUGAAUAAAUGAAGAAAAAAAAAUGAUUAACUAAUAUUAUAUAUUUAGAAGAAAAGGAAGAGAGAUUAAAAAGAAAAGAAAUAUUCGGACGUACGUGUGCGCAGACCACCAGCCCCCAUGGAUCGCUCGCCGCGCACCUCUCUCUCUUAUAUAAUAUAAUAAUUAUACAUAGAUGGUACAUGAACAUGAUUAUUACUAUUAUUAUUAAUAUUAAUUAUUAUUGAAUCAUCAAAAUAUUCAUAAGUUAUCAAACUGUUUGUUUCUCAAACAAAGUAUGUUUUUCUAUAUCUCUCCGUAUUAAGGCAAAUAAUAAAAAAAUCAGUGAAUGUUAAAAAAAAAAAAGGGCCCAAGUUUCCUACUCUCGUAAACGCAACCUGGAUUUUAUUUCAUUCCGAGCCCCCUUUGUCUCAUUUGUCAAUUGUGUUCUGCCGCUCACGCGUCUGUAGAUAACUCUUGGAUCUUUUCUUUGUUUCGUAUCAUCAUCCACGCCGAGUAUAACAUGUAAGAUAAUGAGAACAGAAUAAAAUAAUUUUGUGAUA